CUUGAAGGUUUCACCUUCAUCAUGUCAUGCAGCACCAUGGCCACAAAUAUUAGUCGCCGUCGGUUGUCCAUACUAGUACUUCUUGUGCCAUCACCGCCAUGAGUAUUUGCAGGGCGGCCGUCCUAUUUCUUAGUCUCGGUGUCAUCUGCAACGCCUGGACCAGUGAUUCUUACCCAUCAUGGCAACGUGCAACUUUGCAAAGUAGUCGUGCGACGGGCUUUCUGGCGUCGUCCAACUCGAACGAGAUUGAUGUGAGCGAUCUCGGACUUACAAUGGAAGACCUGGAGGCACCCCUACCAAGCGAACUGCUGGAAGGAAUUGAGGCUUCGGGCUAUGAAUCCACUUCGCGCAUCCCUACAGUGCAAGACGACGGAUGCAGUUGGACCGAGAAUGGCGACACCAUGGACGUGACACUAAAGAUUCCUGGACUGCGAGGACAACCUGCAGCAUGUUUGGCAGUGGUCUUUUCCACCACUACUGCGACCAUCACUGCCUUUGGUCACAAUGUGUGGAGCUGCCUUUUGAAGGGGGUCGUCGAUGCCGAUUCCGCAUCCUUUGUCACAGAAGAUGGAGCCGACAUGGUUCCGGUGAUUCAGCUCUCAGUCAAGAAAGAAGACGCAUCUCUUCGAUGGGGAGGAUUCAUUGAACAGAUUGGUGAAGAUAGUAUUCUUUAACUGCACUGUCUCCGUGCGAUACGGUAUGUAAAUAACAAGGUUACUAAGCUACCUUU